GAAAAAGAAGAAAAAUAAGUAUGUGUUUUUCUCGGAGUUUUUAAGAAAUUUUCUUUAUUUUCUCGAGUUUUUCCAAUUGAUUUUCCUUAAAAAUAGUUAAAAGAACUUGUUAAAAUUCUUACUUGGUGAAAAUUCAUGUAAAAAAUCAUAGAAAACACAAAGAAAAAUAAAAGUGUCUCAGCUGAGAUUUUUAGGCGGAAAUGGCAGGAGUUUUGAGAUUGAGUGUUGUGCGCUUCCUGCCGACUGCAGUGAAGCCCGCUGUGGUGCCGGUGGUGCAGCAGAAAUGUGGAAUUUCCGGGCGAUCAAUGCGAGGAAGUCAGAAGAUUGUGAAACCUCCUCCUUACCCAUACAAAACCAAGAAAUACGGCUUCCUCCAGGCUAUCUUUGAUCACACCAGGAAGCGUUUUGAUGAAAACACCAAAAUUAUCGCCGUGGAGGGACCCCUGGCUGCGGGGAAGAGCAAGUUUGCCAAGGAGCUGGCUGAUGAGCUGGAGAUGCACUACAUCCCUGAAGCAAAUAUGGAUAUGUAUUACAUAAAUUCUUAUGGAUUCGAUGCCCGUACGCUCGAUCCGGAAUUCCCAGCAUCGUUGAAGAGCUACGACGAGAAGACCUUCUGCCGUACCCCGAAGCAUCCCAAUGCUGCUGCCUUUCAGUUCAACAUGUACGCUCUGCGCUUCUGGCAGUACGUAGAGGCACUCAAUCACCUGUUCAACACCGGUCAGGGAGUCGUCCUGGACAGGAGUUGCUACUCUGACAUGGUCUUCAUCGAGGCAAUGGCCAAAAAUGGGUACAUUUCAAAGGGUGCUCGAUCCUUCUACUACGAUAUCCGGAAGAAUACACUUCAGGAGCUAAUGAAGCCCCAUUUGGUUGUUUAUUUGGACGUUUCCGUGGAGCAGGUGAAGAAGAAUCUUAAGAAGCGCGCUCUGCCCCAUGAAGCGAAUUCUCCCGCCCUCACGGAUCAAUAUCUGCGUGAUAUUGAAUCCUUCUACAAGCAGCUCUACCUCAAGGAGAUCAGCACCCACGCUGAGCUGCUUGUGUACGAUUGGAAUGAGGGUGGAGAUACGGAAGUUGUCGUGGAGGACAUUGAGCGGAUUGAUUUUGAUCGCUUCGACAAGCACGACCCGAAGAUGAAGGAUUGGCGAUGGGGCCUCAAUCUUGAGUGGGAUUUCAACAAUCGCCGGAUGAAGUACAGUGUGCAGAAGAAUGUCCUCGAGGGGCUCUUCAAUGUGCCCCGUCUGGAUGUUCCGGAACUCCUUGUUGAUGCUGAGGACUCCAAGCAGGCUCAGGAUGUCCUGGAAACGGCUCCCGGAUGGGGUUAUUCGAAGGGUUUCAAUCCUGACCAGGGUGAUCAAGUGACGUGGAAGUUCUAGAGAGAGAGAGAGCCACGAAAGAAAGAAACUUCCGGACGUUAGGAAAAACAUUAAAUUAUCUAAAUAAACAUUUUUUUCUCUGUUGUUCA